AUGGGACCCGAAGAUCUGGUUCUUGAUCCCUUCGUCAGCAGAGAUAGAAUUCCUCGAACUCCACCGUCCGCCCCGGCAAAGUCGUCGCUUUUGAGCACGGUAUAUUCUGAUGACGCUGUGCUCCCAAGUAGUUCGCAAACAUCUAUGUUCCAGACAGAUCAAAAUCGCCCAAGAUAUUUUAUCAAGCUUACGGACUCUCCUAGAUCUCGAAGUCAGGGCUCUUUACAGCGUCCGUCGAGCUUGGAUGUCAAGUCCAGCAAAAGCGAGAGAAAUGCAAGCAACAAUGCCUCCCCAAAUUUGAUUCAGGUGGUAAACCGUGAUAAUGAGUCUCCGGUUCCCGUGGAUUUCAAUACUCCGGAGAUGGUCGCUGCUAAGGAGACUGCUCGUAGAGGUCGUAUUCGUGGCAAGAAAUCAAACGCUAGCACUCCUUCACUGAUAGAAAAGUCCUCCUGUUCUCCGUCAAAAACUGCAUCUUUACCAUUACUCAAGAUUGACGAGAUAAUAGGCACUCCAAGAAGUCGUGAUGGGAGAAAGAGUCAGCUUGAGACCACCUCGAUUACAGUCGGACGUGGGGAGGUACCAAAUGCAACUGUUCCUUCUGGGACUCCACACACUUCGGUUUUCAGACGUCUGCGGCGCAGCAAGCGUUUGCAAAAAUCUACCCAACCUUCCCCACCGCUUAGUUCCAGGCACGAUCUCCAAAGGGCCACUUUGUCCCUCAACAGCUCUGCUCCACGUCACCGCUGCCGUCGUCAUCAGGGCAACAGAGAAGACGACACGUCCCCUCCUUCUGCCUCUAGCACUGCCAUCACUACUACGACCAGAGGGAAGAGGCGAGGCAGAUGUCCUGAGUCAGUCAUUCCUCCUCCAAGGGUUGUUGAGUGUUUUACGCUUAUUUUCUUUUUCUGUUCGUCAUCAGCUGACGGAAACCUCGAGCGUCAUUCCUGGUUGCCUCGGCUCUUCCGGCUGUCGUCGCUCACAACGCAACGUGGCACGCGUGAACUAUGCCGGUCUCUAAGUCUUCCUAGGUCCCUUGCUCCCAUUUCCCUAAUUUUUCAACUUCUUCACACUCCUCCCACGCUACAGCUGACGUCGAUAAUCAACUUCGACUGGACUAUUACUGGUGCUGGCGCUCCCGAAAUCCUCCAAACUCUCCCUCUGUGGUUAACCCGUGCUCUGACGAUGCGAGAUCCCGAGGUAGGGCGUCUCGUUACAACAAAGUGCGAGUUUGCAACUAUGCGCCCUUGA